AUGCCCAAGCAUGUUGCGAUUAUCUUAGAUGGCAACAAUCGUUACUCGAAGGCGAGAGGCUUGCGUGGAGGUGAAGGCUUCGAAGUUUUGCUCAAGAAGAGUCUCAAAGAGGCUGUGAGAGUCAGCGUUGAUUGGGGAAUCGAGAUACUCACACUCUUUUACUUCUCUUGCGACAACUGGAAUCGAGGAAUGGUCAUUUCUAAAACCCAUUUCUGCAUUUGGCGAUGUUUGUUACAGUCUGCAGUCCUCGCCGUGAUACUUUUUAACGAUCUUUGUAACGUAAGCUUCUACGCUGUUGAUCGUACAGAGAGAUUUCCUGAGACUUUGCAAAAACUGGUGGGGAUGAAGGUUGUUGUGGCAGCCGGGUACGGUGGAAGACGGGACAUUCUUCAAGCUACUCAGAGAAUAGCUCAAUUGGUGGCUAACAAAGAACUCUCCAUCGAUGAGAUAAACCUGGAAGUGUUCGAGUCACAUCUCAUGACAAAUCACAUGCAUCCAUCCAGUGUUGAUCUUACGAUGCGGACGAGCGGAGAGCAUAGAAUUAGCAACUUCCUUCUUUGGCAGAUGGCGUGGACCGAGUUUGUAUUUUUGAACGAAACCUGGCCUGAGUUUAGACGUGAUUCGAUGAAGAAUGCAUUAAUCAGUUACCAGUCUAGGGACCGAAGACUUGGUCUAAGAAAGACCAAGUUCUGA